UUGUCACACCCCCUCAUUCAAGGAGCAGUUUAUCGUUUCGGUAUCUGAGACAAGUAAGGAACAGGUCUCUAUCCCCAAUCUAAGUCUAUUUGCUAGAGAAAAAGGACCUGGUUGUGUUUUAUCAAAGGUUUUGAAACUAAAGAAAAUGUUUUCGAAAAAGAAGAAAGAGGAAAAAGAGACUGUAACACCAGAGACUCAGCCAAAUGGAGAACUUCCAAACUCAGGUCCUAUUAUUUACUACAUAUACGAGUCAGAAGAUGAAGAUGAUGAUGAUGAUAAGAAAGAUGAACCCCCACCAGAGCCUCCUAGGCCAGUCAAUGACAAACCACAUAAGUUCAAAGAUCACUACCUGAAGAAGCCAAAAUUCUGUGAUGUGUGUGCCAGGAUGAUUGUCUUAAAUAACAAAUUUGGACUACGAUGCAAGAACUGCAAAACCAACAUUCACCAUCACUGCCAGUCCUAUGUGGAGUUCCAAAAAUGUUUUGGGAAAAUACCACCUGGUUUUCGACGUGCAUAUAGUUCUCCACUAUACAGCAAUCAACAAUAUGCCUGUGUGAAAGAACUUCUACCUUUCUCUGCGGCUAAUCGUACUGAUCCUGUUUUUGAUACUCUGAGGACCGGAGUUGUCAUGGCCAACAAAGAAAGAAAAAAAGGACAAGAUGACAAGAAAAAUCCUGCUGCAAUGAUUGAUGAGGAACCAGAGCCACCCAAACAAGUGGAGGGAAAAGAGGAAGGAGAUUCCCCUGACGGUGACAAGAAAGGUGAAAAGAACGCACAGGAUGCAAAGAAUAAAAAGACUCAGCCAGGAGUGAGAGGUGGUUUCAUGCAAUCUCAUUACUUUGUGGCCCUCUAUCGCUUUAAAGCUUUGGAGAAGGAUGACCUUGAUUUCCAAGCUGGGGAUAGAAUCACAGUUAUUGAUGACUCCAAUGAAGAGUGGUGGAGGGGCAAAAUUGGCGAGAAAGCUGGCUAUAUGCCUGCUAACUUCAUUAUCCGAGUACGAGCUGGGGAAAGAGUAUACAAAGUAACCCGUUCUUUUGUAGGAAAUAGAGAAAUUGGACAGAUCACACUGAAAAAAGACCAGAUCGUGGUGCAGAAAGGAGAAGAAUUAAAUGGUUACAUAAAAGUCUUGACAGGACGAAAGGUAGGACUUUUCCCAGUAGACUUUCUGCAGGAAAUCUGAAGGAAACACAAGAUUAAGUAACUGAAGACCGAAGAAGCAGGAUGUCAUGUUGAAUCACAGUUCUCUGCUGUAUUUCUAAGCAUCUAGAAGUAUUCCGCUGCUACUAAGAAAAAUCACAGUUCUCGUUCAUUUCUGUGAUUGUGGAUGUUGAAGUGAGAGUGUUACUCAAUGUAGCGCUCUAUGGACUCUCCUUGUGUUUGCUUGGGAUUUUUUUCCUGUAAGCAAGAGCAGCCUGAAGCCUAGAAGUGGGUCUGACCAAUAAUAACCUCUUUCAAUCACCAGUAUCAUAAGGCAAUCCUGAAGUUUAGAUACGGCUGUUCUCUUUAGUAAAAAUAUGACAAAUGAAAUAAUCUACAAAAAUGUCCUGAUCUAAAUGCAAAAUCUCCCACCAUGAAAUGACAUGAGUCAUAUUGAAGUUCAGUGGGAGCAUGUAUACAACCCGAUUUUUAUUGUGGAAACUCUACAUGUUCAUAAUGAUUUUAGAUAAAUCUAUCAACCCAAUUACUCUUACCUUGAUGUGUAAGCAACAUUAUUUAUGUCAAAGUUGCAGGAAGUCUGUGGAUAUAAAGCUAUGUAUCCCAUAGCAUUGUCAACCAUCUGAGGAAUAUGGCUCUGCAAGAAGGAACAUUUCUUGUCUAUAAGAGAAUUUGUAUUGUAUGAAGGUCUGCUCUGUGUUUUCUACGGCAAUGCCAAAAAUAUGGUUGUAUAGGGACAGUUAACUGUAUUCUAAUUUUAUAGGAUCAACUAUAUUUGCUAGUUGUUUCCUGCGAUUAUUACAACUGGCAACAUUAAAUGAAACGCUUAUAGUUUUCCGAUUAUCUUGCAAUUUAUUUUUAAAGAGAUUUGUACCUAUGCACCCAAAUUCAGUAAUAUCUUCUGAGUAACACUGUGAAUCAAAUGAUAUAGUUUUGAGAUAUAUGAGUAACCUUUACUACUGUAUUAUGAUUAUUAGCCAUGAAUAAAAAAAUGGGAAAAAACAGAAAAAUAUUAUAUACAUAUAUGCAUAUAUAAAUCUAUAUCUGGUGCCUACAAAACUAAGGUAUUGAAAAUCUUUAGAGUCAUUUAUUGCACACUCUACUCCUGAACUUCAAAGUGUUCUAAAGAGUUUAGAAGUUAUUGAGAGGUGUAUUAUAAGCCCAAAGCCUAGUGAGGAUGAUGGGAGAUGGAGCAUAACAACAGCUAAAGCAUUAUGGGUAGACCAGUCCUAUUAUAAACUAAAAACCUGUUGCCAUGAAUUAUUGUUUAUUGUAGGUUUGUGUUUCUAUGUUGCAUUACAUGUGUUGUAGAAGGAAACAUUAUUCAUUCAAUGCAUUGAAUAACUCUCAUGAAGUGUUUACAGAGUGUAUUAUUAGAGUGAGGUGUUAAAUACUAAAAUGUACUGUAAUUAAAGGAAAAAAUAAUUUUUUAGUAUUGAAAUAAA